UCGGCGAACUUUAAAGCGAAUACUGGGCUCCCUGUGUAGUAAGAGAAAACGCAUGCUCAAAACGCACGUGUCAUUGGACGUCAAAGAUGGCGGACGAAAAGGCUGCUCGACUUAAAGACGAGGGCAAUAAAGCCUUGCAGGAAGGUAACACAACCAAGGCUAUAGAGUGUUAUACAGAAGCUAUUCUCAUCGAGCCAACCAACCAUGUAUUUUACAGCAAUAGAUCAGCCGCUUAUGCUAAAGACGGCAAAUAUGAGCAGGCGCUGGAAGACGCGAAAAAAUGCGUAGAAAUUAAACCUGAAUGGGCUAAGGGUUAUUCUCGACUUGGUACAGCAUUGUUCUUCCUCAAACAGUAUGAGGCAGCAGAGAAGGCAUUUGAAGCUGGUCUUAAGCUGGAACCCAAUAACGCUCAGCUCAAGGCUGGAUUAGAAGAAGUGCAAUCAAAAUUUGCUGAAACCACCGUGGGUAACCCGUUUAGGAAUCCCAAUUUAUAUGCAAUGUUACAUGCCAAUCCAAAGACUAGAGAGUACUUGAACCAACCAGACUUUGUACAGAUACUUGAGCAGUUAAAACAGAAUCCUAACGCUUUGAAUAGUGGAUUACUCCAAGACCCAAGAAUCAUUCAAACGCUGGGAAUAUUGAUUGGCGUGAACAUGCCUGAUCCAGAACAAGAAUCUUAUGAACCUCCUGCAAAACAAGAAAAACCAGAAAAGAAAGAAAAAGAAGAAAAAGAAGAAAAGCCAGAGAAGAUGGAGACUGAUUCAGAACUUGAUGAUAAUAAAAAGCAGGCUUUGGCAGAGAAAGAACUUGGAAAUGCAGCAUACAAAAAGAAAGAUUUUGAAACAGCACAUCAACACUACGACAAAGCCAAAGAAUUAGAUCCAACGAAUAUUACAUUUUACACAAACAAUGCGGCUGUAUUUUUUGAGGAACGCAAAUUUGAAGAAUGUUUAAAGGAGUGCGAGACAGCAGUGCAAGUUGGACGUGAAAAUAAAGCAGACUACAUACAAAUUGCCAAAGCCUUUGCUAGGAUGGGUAACACCUACUUCAAGCAAGAAAAGUAUGAAGAUGCCCUGAAGUAUUACCAAAAGUCUAUUACUGAGCACCGUUCACCUGAUAUUGCAAAGAAAUGUCAACAGGUAGAAAAAUUAAUAAAAGAAAAAGAGAGGGAGGCAUAUAUUGACCCAGUGAAAGCUGUAGAGGAAAAAGAGAAAGGAAAUAAAUUAUUCAAAAAGGGUGAUUUUCCAAAUGCACUGAAAUGUUAUAAUGAAGCCAUCAAAAGAAACCCAGGAGAUGCCAAGCUGUACAGUAACCGUGCAGCUACUUACCAGAAGCUGGCUGCCUUUGAGUUAGCACAGAAGGACUGUGAUGAAUGCAUCAGACUUGAUCCUACUUUUGUGAAGGGAUACACCAGAAAAGGGGGUGUACUUUUUGCUCUUAAGAAAUAUAUUGAUGCAAGAAGUGCAUACGAAAAGGCCUUGGAACUUGACCCUAAUAACAAGGAAGCACGCGAUGGCUUAAAUGCCAUCCUGACUUCAGCUAGGGCUCCAACAGACCCUGAUGAGAUCAGAAGACGAGCUAUGGCUGAUCCAGAAGUGCAGAGCAUUCUAUCUGAUCCAGGGAUGAAGAUUAUCAUAGAACAGAUGCAAGACAACCCUCAAGCUAUUCAAGAACAUCUUAAAAAUCCCGAAAUCCUGAAGAAAAUACAAAAGUUGAUGGAAGUGGGAAUUCUUCAGAUGAGAUAACCAGAGAACAAAUACUAUACUAAUGAACCCUCUUUUUUUCCCAUUUGCCUGUUAAACGCGUACCAUUAAAAUACCAUAGUUUUCACUUAGCUAGUAAUCAUUGCAGUCACUUUAGCUUUAACUGCUACUGGAAUCUAAAGUCCCAUCAUACAGUGGAAAUAUGCUGGUUCUUAUUUACUGUAUUGUAUGGAUGGCUUGGAUUCUGUUGCUAGGAAUAUGGUUAGGAACAUUUUUUUAAAACUUAGUCAAAUCAUCAUACUUGGAACUGCAAUGUUUCAUUGUGGUGGUCCUAAAAAUUCUGUAUGAUUUUAAUGUGAUGUGCUAAAUUAAAGGUAGUAGUAAGUCGAUUUGUGCAAAAGGUAGUCUUAGCAAUUUCUGCUUUUACAUUGCAUUAGAGUUGAAAAUAAAACAGUUCUAUAAACA